CUCUUUGAAGGACUUCGAAAAUCCAUAGAGUACAUUUUAAAGAAACCAAACAAAAUCAUAAUUAUAAUCAACAAUUGAUAUUUUGCCACUAUUGACUUGAAAAUCAAAUUAUUGUGUCCCGAUUUAAUGAAUUAAAUUAUCAGCUAUGUCACAAACAAAGUUUACUUUGUCGUGGGAUGCGUAUCAGACGAACUUUUGCACUGGAUUAGGAUCGCUACAACAAAAUGAAGAGUUUGUGGACAUGACCCUCGCAGCAGACGGGCAUCAUGUAAAGGUCCACCAGCUUGUCCUGUCCCUCGUCAGUCCAUACCUUAAAGCUCUCAUCACAUCAAUUCAAUGUCCGCAUCCUGUAAUAUUUUUAAAUAAUAUAUCAUACAAAACACUAUGUUCCAUUUUGGAAUAUGUAUACACGGGUGAAGUGGUUGUGGCACAGGAGGACAUCAGCAAUGUCAUUGAAGCUGGCAAGGCGCUGAAGAUAAAAGGCCUCGAAGAUAUGAUGGGCAGUAUGAAUACAUCUCUGGUACUGCCGCAUAUAUCAACUAAUGUAAAGGCAUCUGAUUCUGCAAAUGAAGAUUGUGAUGACAAGGAGAUGAGUGAAGAAGAAACGCUGCUUGAAGAGACUUAUGAAAUAGAAGAUAAAGAUAGUGCCAAUGAACCUUCAACUUUUGAUUCAAUCACAAGUACAAGCCAGGAGGAGAAGUAUUAUUUUAAAACUCCACGUAAAAUUGACAAGAAGAAAGGAUAUAAUAUAAAAGAUGGCACACUACUCUACACAUUAUCGAACCAAGGCUCGCUGCAACUGAUACUGAACCGCUUCAUGUACUGCCUGAGGUACAUCGGCAAGAGGGGUAAAGACAACCUGGCGCCUCGUCGCUGGCGCUGCAUAGACUACAACGAAGUACGCUGUCCGGCCUCCGUCAUCACCAAAGACAAUGUAGUUGUACAAAGGGCAUCAGCACAUAUACAUCCAUUCCAUGACUCCAAAAUAUUGAAAAAAGUACGCAGCGGUGCAGUUUUCACAGCUAUUCCGGAAGCAGAAAAGAAAGGUGAAGAUUUAAAGAAAAAUAGGCAGACUAAUAUGGGACCUAAAACAAUAACGGAAAUGGAACAAGAUUCCGAAUAAAUGUAUGGAAGGAAUUCCUGUGCUCACAUAAAACACAGAACAAUUGAUGUGUCUAGAAACUCGAGAAGCCAUCGAAGAAUAAAUAACACUAACAAUGCAUUGUGAGGAUGUUGAUAGUGCUAUAACUGAAACACUAAAGUUAUUUAAGAAUAAAGUCAUGACUGAUUCCCAUUUAUCCCCAAAGAGGUACGCUUAACAUGGCCCUCAGAAUCUACUGUCAGUGAAAUUACUAUUUAUUCAUUAUUUUCUAAUCUAAAAUGUUUUUAAAUUGAUAUCAUUAUCUGGCAAUAGUCAUAACUGUUGUAAUAUUUAUGGAUGUUAAUUGUAAAAUUGACUUAUUAUUUUUCUAUGUGAGUAUAGACUCGGUUGUUUUAGUAAGAAAAUUUCUAUUAAUGUAAAUAAAUAUUAAAUAACGUGUUUUAAUU